GUUUCCGAUCUCGUAAGCCAGUUCACCCACGUCGCGUAGAGAGAGUAGACGCGGUCAUACUCCAACGAAGCACAACGCUUCAUUAUUUUAAAUAAUUACUUCUAAUUAAUUACGGAUUUUAUAAUAUUGACUUUGAAAGUGUUUAUGCUUUAGUUGUUCAGAGAAAGGUGCCCCUACUUCUGUACAAUUAUUCAUUUCAUUGUGGACUUGGAAUUCGUCAGUCUAAGUUCAGUGUUCGAAAAUGGCGUGCUCAACUUUGAAGACUGUAUUGUGUUAUAUCCGAUUUUGGUUGGAUAGGGUUGUAGAUUUCAUAUUCUCAUUAUACUGGAACUGUAAGAAGGAGGUUGUUCCGGAUUUGGAGGAGAAACACGCUUUUUUGGCAGAAAGUGCACUUACAUUGGCGAGGAAGAUAAGAGAAAAGGAAUUGAAAUCGGAAGAUUUGGUGCGAGCUGUUAUUGAAAGGAUAAAACAGGUGAACCCGAUAAUCAAUGCAGUGGCGGAAGAGCGUUAUGUGGCCGCUCUGGAUGAGGCAAGAGAAGUCGAUAGAAUCAUCGCAGCUGGAAUGUCCGAAGAGGAGGCCAGAAAGAAACCGUUCCUUGGUGUCCCAUUCACAUUGAAGGAGAGCCACGCAAUGAAAGGCAUGAAAUUUACAAUGGGCCUUUGGUCGCGUCGUCGUGAAGUCGCUACGGAAGACAGCGAGGCUCUGGUUCGUCUGAAGGUAGCUGGCGCCAUUCCUGUUGCGACUACAAAUCUACCCGAACUCCUAAUUUGGCAAGAAACCCGUAACCCGGUAUACGGCAUGACAAAUAACCCUCAUCACACUGGACGGACGCCUGGAGGUUCCAGUGGAGCCGAGGCUGCCCUUACCGCUUCUUAUGCUACUACCAUAAGUUUGUGCUCGGACCUCGGAGGAUCUACCAGAAUGCCUGCGUUCUACUGCGGCGUGUUCGGUCAUUAUCCUACUCCUGGAACUACUAAUCUAAGAGGAGUAUUCUUCCGCAAAGGUGAUGAUACCGAUAAAGACUCCAUGUUAUCACUGGGCUUCAUUUCCAAACACGUUGAAGACAUUGCGCCUUUAACCAAAAUCGUGGCAGGAGACAAAGCUCACCUUCUGAAGUUAGACAGAGACAUCAAUAUUCAGGACAUUAAGUUCUUUUACACCGAAUCUGCCGAUGACUGUCACGUGAGUCCUCUGACUCCUGGAAUGAAAGCAGCUAUGAACAGAGUCCUAGCGAAGAUCAGCAACGAAAUAAAGUCCUCGGGCAACGGUCCUGAACCAUACAACCACGAAGGAUUCGGCUACAUGUACAAGCUAUGGUUUUAUUGGAUGUCCAAGGAACCUGAUGAUUAUGCUUCCUUGUUCAAUAAUGGAGUGGCUAAAGCUAAUUGUUUCGUAGAACUUAUUAAAAAGUUAACUUGUUUAAGCAGACAUUGCUUCUUCACGAUCAUGCGACUGCUGGAGUUGCAGGUAUUGCCCAAAGUAAACGCUGAAUGGGCUGAAAAGAUUACGAAGGACCUCAAGGAUGACUUAUUUGGUAAACUAGGGGAUAAUGGAGUGCUGCUGUUCCCUAGCGCGCCACAACCGGCGCCUUACCAUUACUCCUGUAUGGUUCGCCCGUACAACUUUGCUUAUUGGGGGGUGGUCAACAUGCUUAAAUGCCCUGCUAUUCAAGUACCCCUGGGUGUGAACAGUCAAGGCUUGCCAAUUGGCAUCCAAGUGGUGGCUGCACCUUACAACGACGCACUUUGCAUUGCUGUCGCCAAGUACCUCGAAAAGGAGUUCGGCGGUGCCGUAAUGGCGUGCAAAGUUAAACAUAGGCAAUAGGUUAUGGUUGGGAAAUUAAGCUGUAUGUCUACCGGGGUAACGAAUAAGGUAAAACAAUAAUUGCCUUAUUUUAUAAUAAUGUUGUAUCAGGGAUACAUGGAUAUGAAUGAACUAUUAAUGUAUUCCAAAUGAACUUUGUAUAAAAACAAUUAAUCUACGCAUUUCAUGUUAAAAUUUGUUGUUACUAACUUUGAAGUACUUAAUAUUUUUAAUUUGAAUUACUUAUUGAUAAUGAAUGAUCUAGUAGGUAGGUCUAUGUCUGUGUUAAGCUUUUUUAUUUAC